GUUAUCAUUGAAGAAAAGUGUGUUUUCGUGAAAAACAGUGAAAAGAACUGAAAAUAACUUUAUUUCUCAACCGUUUCUCUCUUUCUCACGAUUCGAUGCAAUCCUAUGUUUUGCGCCAAAACUCUGUUCCAAACUUUGCCUCCAAUUAGGCGUCGAAUGUCUACACGUUUUGCUCGUCGUCUGUACUAAAGGCCAGAGACGCGGCAAACGGCCGCCGAAUGAACGCAAACGUCGUCGACAUCGGCGCCAAAGCGUCCGGCGGUUGGACUCAAAGCAAUGGCGCAAGACUGGAGUUCCGCCCGAAAUACGCGGUCACGAGAGCCGCCCUCAGCCCCGACGGCCGACUCGUGGCCUUCGCAGACAAAUUGGGAUCCGUUUUCGUCUUGCAAUUGGACGACAAUCGCUUCCAACUAUCGGCCGCUCUUCACUCGCCGGUCACGUGUCUCGCGUUCGUCGACUCCGACGCCGAAGACGUGGACUGCGAUCUCAUCGUCACGACCGUCGACUCGAAUGCCAUUCACUUCUUGAAGUUGUGCCCGAAUUCGUUGCGCAGUCGCCGUGUCGUCCGAAUAGACGGCGGCCACAAGUCCUCCAUAAACGACGUGUCGUUCGACGGAAAGCACCGAAUGAUGACUUCUUCCGCUUACGACUCGUCUGCCAUUUGGUCGGUCCUCUCAUUCCUGAGGCUCAACGCUCUCGACGACCGCAAGUGCCAGAAGUCCGUGUUCUGCGGCCAUCACGUGAUAAUCAGCGCCUACAGGGACGCCGUCUUUGUCCUCGAUUCUCACACUUUCGCCGUUUUGCGGAAACUCGAGUCGAGACAACUGCUGGAAGUGCGACACGACUUCUUCGUCACGAAAGACAGAGACAAACGCCGCGAAAAACACGUGAUUUCGGCCGAGAAGACGAUCGAGUCGUUCCCCGAAAGGGACCGCAAAACGCAACCAUUGGCCGAAAGCGAGACAUUGUUGGCGGAAAGCGACGCCCUUUUCGUCGCUCUGAGCGCCAAAUCGCAUCUCAUUGUCGUUCGCGUGAAUCGUCGGCCAAACACCAGACGAGAAAAGCCCGCAGAAGAAGACAAUGCGUCGCAAAGCGUGCAAUCGAUUGCCGAAGAAUUACUUCGAAAGUACGCGAAAUUCCCGCAAAAGUACCGAAUCUUCAUUUGGACACAACUUCUUGCGCUUCCGCGCGACCGCCGCUUCUUCCACGCCAUCGACGCGCUCUCAGCCGCUCUUCGGCCGGAAGUGCGAGAAGCGCUCAAAGACUGCCAUUUCGUGGACUCUGCGGUCGGCGACUCUUUGGUCGAACUUUUGGCGCAACUCUUCCAAUGGCGGCCGGAACUCCUGAACGACAGUUUGGCCGCAGAUUUGGCGCUCUUUUGCUUUCCAGUAUAUCUCGUGACCGCUUUUUGUCUCGAAUCCCGAGAAGCGCUUCUUCGGCUGCGAACGCGCCCCGAAAUCAAAGCCUACUUCCGGUCGCAGCACUCAAUUGCGGCCAAAGUGGUCACCUCUUCGGCGUACUCUCUGGCCCUCCAAUACGUGCCCCUAAAUGCACACCAAUUCACAACCCCUCUCUUCCCCUCUUAG